AUGGAAUUUUUGCAUAAAUUACAAAAUCUACAAUUAGAUAGUCUGAGUGAAGAAUGGGUGGAGGCUAUAUUUAAUUCAGAAUUUUUGGAAUUUGGAGAUUUACCCCCAGAAUUUGAAAGUGCGCUCGAGGCGUUCGAAAUACACUCUGUUUUGAUUGAAAUAAUGUUAAGUUUAGAUAGCUGGUUGAAUGAGGAACCAUCUAUUAGUGGAGAAAAAUCGUGGGCCAUUCUUUCACAUCAAACACAUCAUCAAAAACUUUUAUGUAUUCUCGCUUACUUCAUCGAUUAUGGAAAUAAAAAUGUACUUAUUAAAGAACAUCGUGAUAACGCUCUGUUGGCCUCACGUUUGUAUUAUAAACUGCUCUCUAUACCUGGAUAUAAAGCAUAUCAUAUCUACCAUUCUCAAUUGUUUGUGCACUCAUUGGCGUGUCUGAGUUUUCCUAAAGCAAUGUGUGAUAAUGAAGAUAAUUAUUUCAAUGCCCGAGAAUUAACCUACGAAGUGAAUGCAACAAUAAAGGAGUUGAAGUAUUAUGUAUCUGACCUUAAAAAAGUUAUUCAAAGUUUACAGUUAAAAGUGCAUGAUAUGAAUUUUGAGGAAAUCUUAAGUAAUUUAGUUGAUAUAACGGGUGGUGCUAUAGUUGUUAGGUUAAAUAUAGAUAGAGCAGAAUUGGCAAAGGUAUCUGGUUGUAUAAAUGAAAUGAUUGACUUAUUAAUUUGCGACUCCAAUGGGCUUCCUAGCCCUGAAGCAAUUCAACUUGUCUUCAAGUGCCUUCUUCCAAAACUUGUUGCAGCUUCAAUUGAUAGUCGGAAUGCUAAUAAUAUUGUGAGGGCAUCCUAUGUUACGUAUUCAGGAUUACUACUUGGUAAAUAUGGCAGAGCUGCUCUAUCAAGUUACAUCAUACUACUGCAACAUCUUUGUUAUACGCUCGAUGGAUUGGAACGUGCAGAAAUCCGUACAACCCGUAUGUCGUUAGUAGUUGGUCUUAUGAGUCUUCUACCUAAAAAAUCAUACAAGGAUACAAUAAAAUGGCUUCUGAAAUUGUCUACAACGGCCAAAGUCUCACACAGGCAGAUUGCUUUAGAAAUAUUAAGUAAGCUUUUAACUAAUGAACCAGAAGAGUUAAAGUCAAGGGAUAUGCCUAUAGAAAAACAAAAUGGACAAGAAUCAGAAUCACCACCUUCCAGCGGGGUGCAUGAUACACUAACCCACGAUAACGUUCAAGAAUCCGAUGUGACGGAGGAAGACCAAACUGCAUCAAAUGAUAAUGAUUCCACAGAAGACGAAAACGGUCAAGAUCUGCCAAUAGAAAUAAGAAAUGCAGAGCAGGAACUGACAGAAGAAGAGAUCGCGAACGUUUUACGGAAGCGUGCACAUACAGCUCCGCACGCAGAGAUCGUACGUGCAGUGUACGAGCGGGUGAACGACGCGUCGAGUGCCUUGCGAAUGCGCGCGCUUGCUAUACUUACCGAAUGUCUUGAAAGCACGCAUGCCCCAUUGCAGGAAGCCAUUAAGGAGUUGAACGGGACGGGAGAGGUGUCGCGGCUGCUUGUGGUGGCGGCGAGGUGCGCGUGUGACGAGCGAGCGGUGGUGCGGCGCGCGGCUGCCGUGCUCGUGCAGCGCCUGCUGGCUGCCGCGCCGCAAACGCCUCCCAACGACCUGGCGGUACCUUCCCACCAACUGCACGCCAUCAUUUGA